AUGGCCGCAAUGUCCGUAAUAGGUAUAGAUUUCGGAAACGAAUCGUGUUAUGUGGCCGUGGCCCGGGCCGGUGGCAUCGAGACGAUCGCCAACGAUUACAGCCUGCGGGCCACGCCAUCAUGCGUGGCCUUCAGUCCCAGGAACCGCAUCAUCGGAGUGGCCGCCAAAAAUCAGAUGGUCACCAACAUGAAGAACACGGUGCACGGCUUCAAGCGGUUGCUGGGCCGGUCCAUCGACGACCCGUUCGUCAAGCAGGAGCUCAAGCACCUGAACUUUGGCGUGGUUAAGGGCGAAAAUAACAAGAUCGGUAUCAACGUCAACUACCUCAAUGAACAACAAACAUUUAGCGUGGAGCAGAUCACCGGCAUGUUGCUGACCAAACUCAAAGAAAUAUCCGAGAUAACGCUCAAGACAAAGGUAAACGAUUGUGUUAUUUCAGUUCCUUCCUAUUUCACAAACGCAGAGCGUAAGGCACUGCUUGACUCUGCGUCCAUUGCUGGACUCAACGUCCUGCGCCUGUUCAACGAGACCUCUGCCACGGCGCUUUCCUAUGGUAUUUACAAACAGGACCUGCCCAAUCCCGAAGAAAAGCCGCGUAAUGUUGUGUUUGUCGACUGUGGCUACACUUCCCUUCAGGUUUUCAUCUGUGCAUUCAACAAGGGCAAAUUGAAGAUGUUGGCCAGUACGUUUGACUCUCAAUUGGGCGGUAGGGAAUUUGAUUUCAUUUUAGCCGAACACUUCAGCAAAGACUUCAAGACCCGUUAUAACAUUGAUCCUAGAACCAAUGCUAGAGCGUUUUUGAGAUUGUUGACCGAAGUCGAAAAAAUAAAGAAACAAAUGUCAGCUAAUUCCACCAAGUUGCCAAUGAACAUUGAGUGUUUCAUGGAUGACAAAGAUGUGCACGGAGAUAUUAAAAGAGCAGAAUUUGAAGAAUUGGCCAUGUAUUUAUUCAAUAGAGUUGAGGUCACAUUAGAACAGUGCCUUAAGGAUUCCAAGCUGAGCAAAGAUGACAUUUAUUCCGUAGAAAUUGUUGGCGGUUCAAGUCGUAUUCCAUAUAUUAAGAACUUAAUAGAAAAAAUCUUCGGCAAGACACCUAGCACUACUUUGAAUCAAGAUGAGGCUGUGGCGCGUGGAUGUGCUUUACAAUGUGCGAUGCUAUCACCAGCUGUAAGAGUAAGAGAUUUCAGUGUGACCGAUAUUCAAAGUUUUCCCAUUGAACUCCUAUGGGAUCCAUCAGACAACUCAGAUGAUGGCCGUGCUGAAGUUUUCCCUAAAAAUCACGCUGUUCCAUUUUCAAAAAUGUUGUCGUUCUACAGAUUAGCUCCAUUUACUGUAAAAGCUCAUUAUUCUGGCCCUAUUCCUUAUGCAGAUAGUUAUAUUGGUCAAUUCACAGUCCGCGAUGUCAAACCAACAGCAGAUGGUGCAAGUCAAAAAGUCAAAGUUAAAGCCAGAAUUAAUUUACAUGGUAUAUUCAGCAUAAGUAGUGCUACACUUUUAGAGAAGGCCGAAUUACUAGAAGAGACUCCACCUUCUGAACCGAUGGAAUCAAAUGAAAAUGAGCCCCAGCCAACAGAACCUGAAGAGAAGAAAGAAGAAAAGAAAAAGUCUGUUACAAAGACCAUUGAUUUACGUAUUGAAUCAUUGACACACGGUUAUUCAACUAUGGAUUUAAAUAACUACAUUGAGCAAGAAGGUAAAAUGGUAGCGUCUGAUCGUCAGGAAAAGGAAAGAAUUGAUGUUCGUAACAGCCUCGAAGAAUACAUUUAUGACAUGAGAAGUCGAGUUUCUAGUGAAGAUGACUUAGCUUCUUAUAUUAUAGAUGCUGACAGACAAAAAAUUGUUAAACAAUUAGAAGAGUUGGAAGCUUGGUUGUACGAUGAAGGCGAAGAAUGUAUUAAAAAUAUUUACACAGAGAAAUUGGAUUUGUUAAAAACAGUUGGUGAACCCAUCAAGAGACGUAAAGUAGAAUACACCACUUUCCCAUCUAUAAAAGAUCAAGCUGUCCAAUUAAUUUCUAAAGCUGAGAAAGAUAUUGAUGCAUUUCACAAAGGAAGUGAGCAGUUUAACCACUUAGACAGUGCUGAAGUAGACAAAUUGGCCGAAACCCUUAAAAAUGCCAAGAGUUGGUUGGAAGAAAAGUCAGCCAAAGUAACUGCUUCUCCCUUAUUUAAAGACAUUCCGAUCAAGUUAGAUGAGUUUGUUAGAGAGAAACAUAGUAUAGAAGAAAAUGUAAGCAAAGUUUUAUACAAACCAAAGCCUGCACCCAAAGUGGAACCACCGCCACCUAAGGAAGAAGAAAAAAAAGAAACGGAACCAAUGGAAACCGAACAGCCAGUCGAAAACGGCAAUGACGCUUAA